CUACCAAAGCCAAAAGCAACAUGGCGAGCCGCUUGUGUUCGAUCUACAGCGGCUGUGAAACAAAAAGGUUUUUCCAACUAUUUCUCUAGUUUAGUAAGAUAGGAACUGUGCUUCUCGACUGUUUUUUUAUAGGAGACAAGUAGUUUUCUCCAAGACAGAUACGACACAGCCGAGUCAAAUGGUAAGGUUAUUUUAUGCGCUCUGAUCUCCGAAUUUAAACUGGUGUAUUUAACUGUGGGCGCCAGUAAGAAUAUAUAGAAAAGCGAUCGUUGAUCGCAUCAACUAUUUUUUAUAUCCGUAUGGAACAUUUGCAUUUUUUACAAUAUUCUUAAUUAAAUCGUUGCUGAUAGACAAAGAUAAUGUCUUUCAUACCGGGUGAUUCGUAAGAUUAUCCAGUAUGCCCGAAAUGAUGAAAUCGAUUAAGAGUCUUGCUAUGCGCGCUUCGAAAACUGUCAGAUAAGUAUCACAUUUGACAUGCUAGUGCUAAUUCAUGGCUAUUAGUCAAGCGAUAUAUCCUUUAAAAAAAAACUGCGCUUUCUUUGAACCAUGAGCAGAUGUACGUGGAAACAAUCGUUGGUUGCAAGCGCCAUGCGCAGUACAAUCGGGAAAUGAGCCCUAUAGUUUAUGUAUAAAAUAAUACAUGUGGUGUUCAAUUUGUCAACUCAAUUCCUGUUUGAUUUUUUUGUGGUCGUAAAGGAUUCGUUUACUCCUCUCCCACCGCCGCCAAGUUCACAGCCGACCAGAGACCUCCGCCGCCUCUGGGUUGGCAAUCUCGAUCAGCGGGUGACAGAGUUCGCUCUCCUCAACAUUCUUAAGCCGUUCGGAUCUGUCACCCAGUUCGACCUGCUUGUCCACAAAGCAGGUCCGAUGAAAGGUCUUCCGAGAGGAUAUGCAUUCGUAACUUUUGAAACAGAUGAACAAGCCGAACUCGCAGUACGUAAACUUGAUGGGCAACGGCUUCUAGAGCGUCGACUUGCUGUCAGCUAUGCCCAUGAAGCUCCGACGCCUCAACAAGGCUCAGGAGUUGGAGGUAUUCGGCCAAACAUGGUGGUAUCGGGAAACAUUGCUGGAGCUAUUGCAUCGUCUUCAGUUAGCGGCAAUUUAGUUUCAAAAACCAAAUCAAAUUCAGGCGACGUGAAUUCGCAGAUCCGCGCUAUCGAAGCCAAGCUUAAGGCGUUAAAGGAGCGCUCCGACUCAGAUCUGACGCGCACAUUAGCAGCUACAGCUAUCGGGCCAAAUAACGGACAUUCGUUAAAUAUCGCGCAACAGAUUAAUAUGGCUGCCGGAAGAGAAGGCCGUCCAGGGUCGAGCAUGAUUAGAAAUGGCGGGUUUGCAGCAAGACACGCCCAUCGAAAAGACUUCUCAAGAUCGUCACGACCAUACCAGCGACGUGGAAGAGAAGGUUGGCGUUAAGAUUUUAUUGACCAUUCUUCAUUAAGCGGCGAGCUACGCGCGUAGUAUACAAUGUUGACAUCAGCAAUGGCGAUUUUCUGGUGACCAACUUUUUCUAUUGAAGCGAUGAUAAGACGAACGAAAAUCCGGCAAAUUUGGUUUCGCAAAACGGAUCUUUAAUCACAACCCAAUUCAUUUAGGAAUAUGAUUAAGUGUAAUGUGACUACUGAGGUAAUAUAGCUCUUACCAGGAUCCAUUAUCGGCAAUUAAUUAACUACACGAUGGAUCGAGGUGCCGGUCGAGAGUUAAAUCUCACCUGAAUUUACCACCCGACCACAAAUAUCUGACGCCUAUCAAAAAAAUGGUUUAUGCUUUUUUUUUUUUGUGAAGUUCACGUACGUGUAUUUCUUAAACAAGCGUAGAAGAAUGCGUAAUCAUGGUGUAUGUAAAAAUCGACCACUGUUUCACAUAAGAUGUAUAUUUUCCAUUCAACGGUCAAAGUAAAUACCGUUGUACAUACAGAUGUAUAUGAUCCCAUGUAGAUUGAAACACCGACUUUUAACGUCAAGAAAUAGACUAAGUCAAUGAAUGCUAACAUGUUUCUUAGUAGACUUGAUUGAAGUACAAAUCGAGUUCCGGCUAAUCUAGGUUCCGUUUAUCCUUAGCUCCGUAUAGUUGCUAAAUGAAAGGAUAGGAUAGAAUUUGAAGCAAAAAUAUAUCAAAUUAUUCAAGUUGUACAUGGAAAGCAGUGUGCAUAUUAAAGGCACGUUAUAAAUAGAAUAUAAUAUACAUUACCCGUCUGUAACAUACUGUGUACAUAAGUGCGUGCUGACGGGAGAGGCUGCAACAUCCAUCGCUAGAGCUCACGUGACUUAGUAUUCCAUCCAUGAAUUUUUCUCACAAAAUUAAAAACUACCGGCAGUUUUGUCGUGCGUAAAAUACCUUG